GAAUGAUUUUCUUACCAGAAAUAUAUUUUAUUACAUAUCAUUAGAGAUUAAUAUAAAUGCAUCACACCUCUCGUAGAGAGACAACAAGACUGUUCCUUUGUCCUCCUGAUUCUCUCUUGUCAGAUCGAAGAGAAACAAUCUGAGAAAAAAUGGGUGGUCAUGGAGAAGGAGUGUCUCUUGAAUUCACUCCGACGUGGGUCGUCGCCGGAGUUUGUACCAUCAUCGUCGCGAUUUCUCUCGCCGUGGAGCGUUUGCUUCACCAUUUCGGCACUGUUCUCAAGAGGAAGAAGCAGAAACCACUCUUCGAAGCUCUUCAAAAGGUUAAAGAAGAGUUGAUGUUGUUAGGGUUCAUAUCCUUGUUCCUGACGGUAACACAAGGAAUAGUCUCCAAGAUCUGUGUGAAAGAGGAUGUGCUAAUGCAUAUGCUUCCAUGUUCAAAACAAGAAGCCGUGCUAAGUAAACAUAAAAACGUGACGACAGCAACAGAGCAUUUUCAGUCGUUUUUCCCUAUUGUUGGGACCACUAGGCGUCUACUAGCCGAACACGCUGCUGCUGAAGCUGGUUACUGUGGCCUAAAGGAUAAAACACCGUUGCUUUCGAUUGAGGCGUUGCACCAUCUACAUAUCUUCAUCUUCGUACUUGCCAUUUCUCAUGUGACAUUCUGUGCUCUUACUGUGGUUUUUGGAAGCACUAGGAUCCACCAAUGGAAGAAGUGGGAAGAUGCUCUUGCAGACGAGAGUUAUGACCCUGAAGCAGCACUUCAGAAGAAAAGAGUCACUCAUGUGCACCAACAUGCUUUUAUUAAAGAGCAUUUUCUCGGCAUUGGUAAAGAUUCAGUCUUCCUCGGAUGGACGCAAUCAUUCUUCAAGCAAUUCUAUGGAUCAGUGACAAAAGCAGAUUACGUGACUCUGCGCCUUGGUUUCAUUAUGACGCAUUGUAAAGGAAACCCCAAGCUUAACUUUCACAAGUACAUGAUGAGAGCUCUUGAGGAUGAUUUCAAACAUGUUGUUGGUAUUAGUUGGUAUCUUUGGAUCUUCGUCGUCAUCUUCUUGCUUCUUAAUGUUAAUGGAUGGCACACAUAUUUCUGGAUAGCAUUCAUUCCCUUCAUUCUGCUUCUUGCGGUGGGAACAAAGUUGGAGCAUGUGAUAUCACAGUUAGCUCACGAAGUUGCAGAGAAACAUGUAGCAAUUGAAGGAGAGUUAGUGGUGAAACCAUCAGAUGAGCAUUUCUGGUUCAGCAAACCUGAGUUUGUUCUCUUCUUGAUUCAUUUCAUCCUCUUCCAGAAUGCUUUUGAGAUUGCCUUCUUCUUUUGGAUUUGGGUUACCUAUGGCUUUGAUUCAUGCAUUAUGGGACAAGUGAGAUACAUUGUUCCAAGAUUGGUGAUUGGUGUCUUCAUUCAAGUGCUUUGCAGUUCUAGUACACUGCCUCUUUACGCCAUUGUCUCACAGAUGGGAAGUAACUACAAGAAAGCGAUAUUUGAGGAGAAUGUGCAGGUUGGUCUUGUUGGCUGGGCACAGAAAGUGAAGAACAAGAGAGCUAAUAAUGGGAACGAAGGUAGCUCUAAGGCUGGUACAAGUCCUAGUCCUCCUGGUGCUCCUAGUGCUGGUGCAGGUUUUGCAGGAAUUCAGCUCAACAGAUUAACAAGAAACAACGCAGGGGAGACGACACAAAAUGAGAUUACACCUGCUCAUGACAACCAUUGAGUAGAGUCUAGAGAUAACUUAUAUCUUCCUUAUAGUCAGAGUUAGCUUCCAUAUCCUGUUAUGUUGCUAUACAUAAAAGCUGUAGUGACUUUAUUUUAUUUUAUUUUAACUCUGGUUAAAAAUCUUUUUGCGUUAGAAUUGGGAACUGAAUCUAUUAUUUGUAUAUAUAUACUCCCUCUGUUCGGUUAUAGUGACAUUUCACA